AUGACAAGCAGCAUUACUGACGUCUGUUCGGAUAAUGCUGAAGACACCAGAAAUGGAGCUUAUGAUCGGCACCCUCAUCUCCAACAGACACUCUGUCUCUUCUUGCAGAGCAUUCUGACCGCUUUCCGAUCGGGACAGCUGACUUCGUCGAGCAGCGAAGCGGAACUCAACAAGUCUGACCCAAAGGCAAACCCUCGCGGCUUUGGUGACAGUGGUUCUUUCGAAACUGUCAGCGCUCGUGGAGGUCCGGACGUCUACGAGACCUUGAGCCUUGACUCUCGCCGAGGCCCAGUUGGCAUGGAGUCCAGAGGGCCGUCUGCACCCGGCCACUCGAGCUGUGCACUGGGGCAGAUGGGCUCAUCCGUGUCGACCUGGAGGGCGCCGGUUGCCAGGGUUCGUGAAGAGCCUCAACUGCCGAUCGGCCGUCAGCUGCAAUCGCCUCAUCACUCUUUGCCACAUACUUUUGCCGUUACGCCGAUCCGUCGUGGACAGGGCAUGGAGCAUGUUGUCGACUCGACAACAGGUUUUGGCGGCCGAGUCGUGACGACGCCCAGUCUUGACUACGAACUGGUUCUCGGUUCUCGGUUCCGGUACCAUCAACAUCACAGGCCGAACCAAGAGGGCCGACAUGAGGAGGCAGCUGAAGACGAAGUGACGAGGCGAAAUGGGGUUAUGAGUGAAAGUGUGGUUGAAAGUGCAGACUUCGGAGGAGAACAUGAAGACGAAGACGACGUCACAGUUGCCGGUGACACUUUGAGUUCUGAGUCGAGACAGAUGUUGACGUGGAGGAGUACUUCGACCGCUGCCUGGCUCUCCUCGGGCCGGUACGACUCUUUGCGGUCAAAGCUUGAAUCACCCACUCCACAACCGGUGAACACUGGUCCUGUUCGGAAGGAUUGGCUGAAACAGACCGAUCCUACUUGGUUGUAUCCAAGAGGCCAGCAAUCCGGCAUCACCUACGAACGCCUGAUCUGCCAAUCGGGAUCGAAUAGUCAGCACUCAAAUACCAGUCUUGAACUUCGCGACAAGGCACCGCAUUAUCGGGGAGCUAUGGACACCGGAUCAGUUGCUAUGGCUGAUGCAUCGCAAGAUGGCAGUGUACUAUUGCUUCUGCCAGCAUCGUCACCGCCAGAUGCACCAUCGCCGUCGCCGUCGCCGUCGCCGUCGCCAUCGGCAUCAGCAUCACCGUCUCCACCUAUACGGACAAAAUUGGUUGGUACC